AUGCGGCGAUCCAAUCCUCAGCUCGCGAAGACACGGCUGCUACUUGCAGUCCUGCUCCAAGCAGGUCUCUGCUUUGCUCCUGGGACCUUGAGGACAUGGGUCAUUGGGGGCAAGGAAGUGACACCCCAUUCUCGGCCCUUUAUGGCAUCCAUCCAGCGGGAGAACAGACACAUCUGCGGUGGGUUCUUGGUGAGACGGAGAUGGGUGAUGACCGCAGCUCAUUGUCAAAUUCCCAAGCAGUCCGCCUUGUUCCGUGUCAUCCUCGGUGCCCAUUCGCUCGUGGCUGCUGAGGCCUCACAGCAAAUCUUUGGGAUCAAGAACUCGGUUGCUCACCCGCUUUUCAAUCCUAGCACUGUGCAAAACGAUAUCCGUUUAAUCAAAUUGAACAGGUCAGCCAUUUUGAACUCGAAGGUCCGGCAGAUCAAGUUGCCACGAGCCAAAACCGAUCCUUACCCUGGACUCUUAUGCCAAGUUAUUGGCUGGGGAGACAUCUCCAAUUAUGGGACCAUCCCCACAAAACUCAUGGAAGCGAACACGACCAUUGUGGACAGGAAAGCUUGCAACGAAUCCUGGCAAGGACACGUGUACAACAGCAUGGUCUGUGCAGCUAACACCAGUCCCGUCCUGCGUGGUUUCUGCUCG